AUGCGUCUCUCUCUGAUAGUUCUUUUGGCUGGUACCAGUCUUGUAACUGCCUGGACCGAGCUCCAUCAUGAGCCUUUCAUGAACAAGAACAUCGACGCCAUUGUCGUUCCAGGCACCUACACCUCGCACAUGCACACCUUCUUCGGAAGCGACGCCAUCACUAACGUGCUACCUACGUCCACUGAGCUUCAACAGGGCUGCUACAGCGGCGACAACCCAAACGACCUGUCGGUCUAUUGGAUCCCCACACUGUACUAUGUCGCCGACUCUACCUUCGUCGAAGUUCCCAUCUUCCGCUUCAGCACCUACUACACAAACAGCUACUCCACCCUUGCAAUCUCUCAAGACUUGGCCCUCAUCUCCGGCAACGCCUCUGCAAAAACCCAGUCUGAAGCGUACCGCCCCUCUAACGACCUCGAAUGGUUCUGCGAGGGCUCUGACGAACACGAAAGCGAUAUUGCCAAGAUGCCCACAAGCACCUGCACCCAACACCUUAGGUCAACCUCCGUUUCCCCAACUGCGUCAACCCUGAUAUCUCGCUGGGAUGCGGCAGAGAAUAUGCUUGUUGCCGGCAGGGGUGGGUACGAUGAUGAGCAAUUUAUUGCUGGCGCGCAUGGGGAUGUGGCUGUGAAGACUUCUUGCACGCCGACUGACGCAGACCCUGUGAAUGGCACGAGCGACUACUAUACUAGCCUUGAGAAGAUGGAAAAUAAUAGCACUGACGUGUCGGGGACAACAGUUGAUAGUGAGACUGGGGAUGAGGACAGUCUGACCAGCUCGACGUGGUCUUCUGCCAGCCGACCCACCAGCAGUGUAAACGGCACUUCUGGUGACCGUAAGAGGGGCAAGAAGCGCCUGAGUUCUGAGAGAGGCAUAGGCCGCAAGUCUAAGCGGGCAGCUGCGAAGGGAGCUCAUGACACUGUUGCCCAGUAUGCGUAA